ACCAACCUUUCCCACAUAAAAAUCAUCGUCAGCACCCAGAACGGAUCACAGCCGGUUUGCAUCAUCAGACUUCAUUUUUAAACCGAGUUGCUUCUGAAAGCCGUAAAGAGAGACUUCAGCUGGGAGUGGCUAUGGAAUUCAUCCCGGAGAUUGCUAGGACUGCAUGGGUUCAAUACAUAAACUCUAGAAGCCUCGAAAAGAAUCUUGAUCUUCUGAGAACCGAAAUGCAGGAGUUGGGUAGCCGGCAGACCGAUGUAAUUAUUGCACUCAACACGGCCAAGGUAGUGGAUGGAAAGAAGCCAAAGGCAGAGGUGAGUUUAUGGUUGGAAAAUGUGGAAAAGAUUAUAAGCCAAAUGACUAAGAUAGAAGAGGAUUAUAGAGAAGUAGGGAGAGAUUUCUUACGCUCACGUGUAGCAUUGGGAAAUCUUGUCCUAAAGAAGAUUGAAGAGGUGGUGAAGCUUAAGGAGCAAGGUCGAUUUUCAGAAGGGUUACUUGCUGAGAUAUUACCUGAAAGUGGAAGUAUGCCCACGACGAAACUGGUGGGUAGAACGACAGCUGAAAGAAAAUUUGAACAGAUUUGGGAGUCAUUGAUGGAUCAUGAGGUCAGAAUUAUUGGUGUCUAUGGCAUGGGGGGCGUGGGCAAGACGACCAUCAUGACCCACAUCUACAAUAGAAUAAAGAGCUCUGGAAUAUUUGGCAUUGCUAUUUGGGUGACGGUUUCCAAUGAUUCUAGUAUUGAGAGACUGCAAAAUGGUAUUGCACAAGCAAUAGGAUUGAAUCUUUCCAAUGAACAUGAUGAAAUGAGAAGGUCCAUGAAAUUGUUUGAGGCUUUGAAGCGUAGGGAGAAGUUCGUUGUCAUCUUUGAUGAUUUGUGGAAUUCAUUUCCAUUGGAAAUGGUAGGGAUUACCGAGGACAAUGCAUGCAAAAUAGUAUUGACUACUCGAUCAAAAAAUGUGUGCCGAGGCAUGAAGUGCCAAAAAAAGUUUGAAGUGGAGGUUCUCUCGACAGAAGAAGCAUGGGAAUUGUUUAAGGAAAGGCUUGGGGUUAAUGCGGUGCUUUCUCUGGAAGUAGAACGGAUUGCGAAGCUUGUCACUCAAGAAUGUGGUGGUUUGCCACUUGGAAUCAUUACAGUAGCAAGUGCAAUGAGAGAAAAGAAUGACAUUAGAGAGUGGAGAAAUGCAUUAGAGGAGUUAAAAUGCUCAACGAUGGAGAUCGAAGGCAUGGAUGAUGAACUUUUUCCAAUUUUGAAAUUUAGUUACGAUCGACUAAAAUCUGAGAGGAUUCGAUCUUGUUUCUUGUAUUGUGCUUUGUUUCCAGAGGACCAUAUAUUCUCUGCUAGGGAGCUGAUAGAGUGUUGGAUAGCAGAAGGAUUGAUAGAUGAUAUGGGAGACCAAGAAAAGGAACAUGACAAAGGCCACACAAUAUUGAAUGGCCUGAUAGAUGUUUGUAUGUUGGUAAGGUGGUCUGAUGGUUAUGUAGGAAUGCAUGAUUUAAUAAGAGACCUGGCCAUCGGCAUUACAAGGAAGAGCCCUCAGUUUGUGGUCAAGGCUGGGAUCGGGAUAAGGGGAUCAAUUGGUGUAGAAGAAUUUACUGAAGAUGUUGAAAAAUUUUCCUUAAUGCAAAAUAAAAUUGAAAUGCUCUCAGGCGAACCCAACUGCCCAAAACUCUCCACAUUGUUGUUGCAAGGGAACCCUCUCUCGCGCAACAUUUCUCACAAGUUCUUCAAUUGCAUGAACAGCCUCAGAGUUCUCGACCUCUCUAAUACUUCUAUCAAGUAUGUGCCAGAAUCAGUUUCCAACCUGGAGAACCUGUGUAUACUCUUACUAAAUAAUUGUAGGAGGUUAAAGGAGGUACCGUCCUUGGCAAAGCUGAAGCAUCUAAGGCUUUUGAACCUCUCUUAUACUGGAAUCAAAGAACUGCCACAUGGGAUGGAAUGUUUGGUUAACCUCAAAGAGCUUUAUGUUCAUUCUAAAGUGUGGGUUGAUUUUGAUAGGUAUGUCAGAUCUGGACAUUGGAAAUGCUUGAAAACCUUCCAUCUCAGCUCAGAAUCCUGUAGUCUCACCUUAGAGAAAUAUAGGAUGGAUUUUGUUAAUUGUAAUUUCAUUGGGGAAGAGAGCUCCUUCGUGCUUCCCGUUGAUAUUGAAGUCUUGGAUAUGUAUGGAUGCCAACUGUCAAGCUUACCCUGCCUGUCUCGCUUGCAACGUUUACAGGAAUGUGGCAUCUUCUCAUGUAGCAUGGAGUGGUUGUUGCCCAUAGGAGAAAUCACCACCAUAACGUCUUUACCCUUGAUCCAGUUUCUGUGUCUAAGAGAGCUUCCGAGUUUCAAGGGCCUGUGUAAGGGAGUCUUGCCACCUGGUUCAUUUGCAUGCCUAAGACACCUGACUGUCCAUGAAUGCCAUGUAUUAGAGAAUCUCAUGUCACUUGAAUUGUUUCAGCACCUCCAAUGCCUUGAGCAAAUCGAGAUUGCAGAAUGCAGUGAGAUGGAGGAGGUGAUACAAGGAGGAGACGAAGCUAUGCUUGAAAAAGGUGAUGACAACAACAACAACAAUACCAUCCUGCUCCCCAAGUUGAGAGAGUUGAAUUUGAUAAAUGUACGGAAAUUGAAAAGUAUUUGUAAGUGGGUAAUCAUUUGCCCUUCCCUGAUUGAGAUUUCUAUAGUGGGUUGUUGUUUGUUGAAGAAGAUCCAUCUUUCUUUGGGCCACCCAAAAUUUCUUGUGGGAGGAGCGAUCAAAGGAAGCAAAAGGUGGUGGGAUGCAUUGGAGUGGUAUGAUCCCAAUACCAAAACACUCCUCCAACAUCUUUUUAAAGAAGACGAUGACGAAGAAGAUGGGGGACGAGAAGGACGUGGAAUGAAAAGAAAAGGAGAACAAGAACUAGAAGAGGUUGCUUCGACGUCACAGCGGCCAGAAUCUCCCAAAACAGAGAAUUUUACUACUACUGCCGGCCCACCACAACCACAGACAGCACAGACCAAACACCUGCCUCCACAAAGAUACUUCCAAGAUGCAGCGAUCCACCGAGCUGAAUCCAACAAACAAACAACUAUUAAACCCUGGGACAGGCCGGGCGAGAGACCCACUGGCAGCAUGACAGAGGGAGCCAGCACGCACGAGAGAAGCUGAACCGAGCUACAGGCGACAUGCAACAAGGCAGGCCACAAGCAGCAGAAAAGGAAACCUCGACCCCUAGCAACUACUGAAACAGGGCAGCAGGACCUCCAGCAAACUUAAAACAUCAAUAGGGGGCAACAAUGCAGCUGUGGUGUGGUUUGUAUUUAACUUUCGUCAUGUUUCUGUUGUUCUGUUGGUUAGUGGUGUUAUACUAUAGGUGAGGCCCAAUUCUUCUCGUGAUGCCCACCCGAACAUCUGUAAAUUUUAUUUUAUUUUUUUCAUAUUAACAAAGCUAUAGGUGGUGUUCUCCCACCUGAAAAAAAAAAAACAAAAAACAAAAAAAAGAUGGUCCAUAGGGCCAAAAAUCAACACCAACCAUGGGUUUUCGUAUGGUGCCUCUAGGGUGUCCCUCUUUCAUCAGCCCUGUUCAUCCAGUUCAUCAUAGGCAAAUCAAAAGGAUGAAGAGAAACAAAAAUCAGUCUAGUUCAAAACUCA